AUGGGCAACUUCUCAGUCAUCACAGAAUUCCUCCUCCUGGAGUUUUCCAGCAUGAGGGAGCUGCAGGUCCUACAUGCUUUGCUGUUCCUGCUGAUUUACCUGGCUGCCCUGAUGGGAAAUCUUCUCACCAUUGCUGCAAUUAUAACUGAGCCACACCUUCACUCUCCUAUGUAUUUUUUCCUGAGCAACUUAUCCCUCCUGGAUACCUGCACCAUCUCAGUCACGCUUCCUAAAUUCAUUGUGAAUUCCUUGUCUGGCACUCAGUCCCUGUCCCUCCUUGGCUGUGCUGCUCAGAUCUUCUUCUCUCUCUUUUUUUCAGCAACAGAGCUUGCUUUGCUUGUGGCCAUGUCCUAUGACCGGUUUGUGGCCAUCUGCCACCCCCUACACUAUGGCAUCAUCAUGACGCCAGCACGUUGUGUCUGGGCAGCAGCUGGCUCAUGGCUCAGUGGGCUUAUCUAUUCAGCUGUCCACACUGGGAACAUGUUCCGCCUGCCCUUCUCAGGAUCCAAUGUGAUCCGCCAGUUUUUCUGUGAUGUCCCUCAUGUCUUGAAAGUCUCAGCCUCUGAUGUGUUUCAUGCUGAGUUUGUAUUAAUUGUAGCAAGUUUGUGUUUUUUGCUAUGCUGCUUUGCCUUUUUAAUUGCGUCAUAUGCUCGCAUCUUCUGCAGUGUGCUCAGGAUUCCUUCUAUGGAAGGACGCCACAAGGCCAUUUCAACCUGCUCCCCUCAGUUGAUGAUUCUCAUGUUGUUUCUCAUCUCUGUAAUGAUUGCAGUCCUCAAGGACACAUCAUACUCAUCACCUAUCGAAAACCUUUUAAUUGCAAUGGUUUAUACAAUACUGCCCCCAUUUAUGAACCCUAUCAUCUACAGCCUGAGGAAUCACAACAUUACAGUUGCCAUGGGAUGUCAGUACAUUGUCUUUGGGUGGUUGGCUCAACAUCUGCAGUAUGAGGAAUCUCACAGCUCCCAUUGA